UGCAGCUCCCCUGCCAGCAUUUCCCAUCUCCUUUGUGACUGAUGUCAGGGCUGGGAUCAGCUAUUGAUGGUUCCCAGAGCUUGGACCUGAGCUCAGUCCAUUGAAGAGGUGUUUCUGUCUCAAGAAACUGAAGCGUGGCUGCAGCAGACGGUCCACCAGAUGCUCAGACCUCCUGAGUGACCCCUGGGCCACAUCUCCUUGGAGUAAAUGCCAUUUGGAUUCCAAGUCUUUAGACGAGCCCCUGAGAGGUGGAUACUUCUUUGCUGCUGCUACCUGCUCCCUUUGAGAUUUCCAGGGCAGAGAUGAGGGAGGAAGCUUGUGCCUGGAGUCCCUGCAGAGCCCAUAAUGUUUCAGGUGAGAGAUCAGGCUCUUGCUGGGCUCAUGCAUCCUCCAGAGUUGCUUAUUCAGUUCCUGCAGCAGAGCCAAUUCUGCCCCUGCCGAGGCCCGUGCUUGUCCAGCCGUGGGGUUUGCAGAAGGUGCACUUGGCCUGUGAAAUCUUUAUUAUGGAUCAGGAGAAAAAGAGCUCCGGUCGGCUGUUCCACCGCAGGGUGCGUAUGCACAACUGGAAAGGUUUGCUUUAAAACUGAGCAUGUUUUAAUCCUGGACGUACCCAUAUGUGGGCCCUCACCCACAUCCAGGCCAUGGGUCUAAUUCUCUUCCAGGGAAAAUAGUACAUGAUACAAAGAUUGGGGUGGAAAGGCUGAGCUGCCCUUGGAGGAAUUGCCAGUGAUGGGGACUGCUGGGGAAUAUCGGGGGGCAGAAACCACUGUGUUUGCUUUGACUGCAGGGGGGCAUUCCCAGCGCCCCUUAAAGUGCAGGGGUAUCAGAUGCAGUGCAGCCGCACAUGAGAGGCCUCUGAACAAUUUCCUGCACCUGAAAGGAGUUGCUCUCGCCAAGCAACUCCUGCGCUGUCGCCUCAAAUCCCAAGCAGUAGUGAGGACUUGAAGUCUGGUGUACAGCUACUGGAACCCAAAUGCGACGCCGCUGUCAUGUGUAGCCAGCCACGAGACGGCAAAUAAGCAGUGCAAUGGGGUGGAGAGCAUCUUUUCCUGCUGCAUUUGAAGACUUGGUGGCUAUCCAGGCACUGCUAUGCACGUGACCCACACAUCAUGGUGCAGAUGGAUUGGAAUCCGGAUCCAGAACCUUCUUCAGUUGUGCAAAAACUAGAAUGUGGCUUUGGCUGUCCAUCGGUGCUUGGUUUAGGACAUGGGAAGUGCUCCAUAUUGGUACACGGGACAUGCAAGCUGACACACAAAGCUCUUUUCUUCUGCUGGCAUCCAUUCUGUUUUGGGGGGGUCUCGAGCCUCUGGCACCAAGUGACCCAGGUGGAGGCCACACUUGGCUCAGCUUUGGUCUUGACCGGUUUGGGUUCUGAUCCAGUUUCACUCUGGGAUGCACGGCACGUGGAUUUUCAUGGCUGUUCUUUGUACCCAACUGACCUAAAGGUGAGAGGAACUAUUUUGCAGAGCACCGUUUAAGAACUAAAUUAGUGAUAAAGGAGAAGGGGGCAGCAAUGGGUAAAGCUGCUGCUUGACAGAUAUCAGGUACCCAAAGUCAUGGUGAGUAGUUGCUUGGGUUCAGGAGGCUAUCGAGUCUUGCUGCAGAGGGGAACAAAGGAUUGCAAGGAAUUCGUACGCUAUGUGACCUUCCUUCCCAACGCAUGCGGCACCUUCCUAUUUUUGGUGUGUGGGUUGACAUAUAAGUCUCCUGCUCCCAUCGGGACUAGAGAGAAGUGAUCAACCCAGUCUUCACGGCCCUGCGAGCUCCUUCAGUGCAUGGGGAUGGGUAUAUAUGAAGACAAAGGGGAACAGCUUGACUUGCAGGCAAAAAGGGUUAUCCAGGAGGCCGAGUCCAGAGCUUCUGAGACAAGCAAGCAGCUUGAGCUUGUUUUUGCUGCUGGUUUAUUUUCAAGCACGAUGAUACAACUGCCCCCGCAAUAACUGGUCAUUAAGCACCGUCCGGAGUCUGCAAGCCUCUCGGAUGCCUGGAGUUCUCAAAAUGGUGCGUGCAGUGACUCGGUAUAAUGGUGAUGGGUAGAUGCGGGGCAUAAGAUAGCAACAGAGAGCUGGUUUAAGUGUUGGGGGGAUGUGUAUAGAUAUGCACAUACACACACUUUAUAUUUCUCAGCCAAUUAAGUUCCCCAUACUGAAGCCCAAGGGAUAGAUGUGGGGAAUAGGGAGCCCCAAGUUCUGGUCCCAGGUUUUCUCCUGUCAUUCUGCAUCUCCUGAAGCAAGUUACUUCAUUUCCCUGGGCCUGUUUCCAGCCUAUGCAGAACUGGUACAGUAACCGUUUCCUGCCUCGGCAGGGGAGCUCUGAGAGUUACUCAGUGGUGGCAAAGGGCUCUGAGCUGCUCUCUUCUCAGCCGUCCCUGAUUGCAUUUCGUCCCGCUUAUCCUUCUGCGCUUGUGCUAUGUUUCAUCUUUUCAGUGGGAGGCUGGCACCACAGGGACGCCGUCAGCGGGGUGGAACGUUAUAACCCCCUCCAGCAUGAAUGGAAAGUGCUGGGCUCUGUCUCUCGACCGCACCGUGGGGCAGGAGUGGCUUCUCUGAAAAACUGCAUCUAUGCCGUCGGGGGCUUUGAUGGCACGACGUGUCUCAGCAGCGUGGAGAGGUAUGACCCCAAAGUGAAUGAAUGGAGCUGUGAUGUGGCCCCGCUGCGGGAAAGCAAGCGAGAUGUGGGAUUGGCAGAGCUGGGCGGUUACCUCUACUGUGUAGGCGGUCACGAUGGAUUGCUUUGCCUUAGCACGGUGGAAAGGUACGAUCCGAGCGAGGACAGGUGGUGCAAGGUGGCCCCCAUGGCCAGCCGCCGGAUGGGCUUAGGUGUGGCAGUGCUCGAUGGCUACCUCUAUGCUGUGGGUGGCUCAGAUGGGCAGUCUCCGCUCUAUUCAGUGGAACGAUAUGAUCCCAUCGAGGACACGUGGUCCCCUUGCCCUCCUCUGGGGACGUGCAGGGAAGACCUUGGCUGCGCGACCUUCGGAGGGAAGAUCUAUGCGGUGGGGGGCCGGGACGACCUCACGGAGCUCUGCAGCGUUGAGCGGUUUGAUCCAGUCUCGAACAAAUGGUCCCCUGCGAUGCCCAUGCAGUCGAAGAGGAAUAAGGUGAAAGCUGCUGUCGCCAACGGGUACUUACUGGCUGUCGGGGGCUUCGAUGGCAUUGUGCAUGUGACCACCGUAGAAGCAUUUGACCCGGACAUCAACAGGUGGAGGCUCUUUGGAAACACCCAGAGCUGUCACCCUGGUGGGGGUGUGGCUGUGCUGAACGUGACCCCCUAGGACCUGAGGACUUCCUAGUCACUGCCCGGUGCAGCUAAUGUGGUUUUGUGGGUCGGUAGUUUAGACAAGGGAGAGGACCAGAGUAGCAGGGAGUAGGUAAGCUGGGGGAGGAGGAUGUCAUUGCAUUCAUGAUGGAGACCGAGCUCUCGGGCAGCCUUGCUGGGUGCAACUCUGUUCUGCUCCAGGGGGUUUGGGCAGGGGCUCCCCUUGCUCUGCAUGUCUCAGCCCGCAGUGAACAGGCUUGUGCCCUGAUCCUUGGGCUGGGGGUGGUGGGGUUGGGGCUGUCUCCAUUACGAAGUGUCUGUGUCCCGUGUGUAGCUAGUCUGUUGGCAGGACAGUCACAUGGGUGGCACUCUGGGCUGGGCAGGAAGAUUCGGGGUUAGGUUCCUGCUUGCCACAACUCUUGCGUACGACUGCAAGCACGUGUCACUCUUCGGUACGUAGAGACCUGGAUCUGGACUUGGCCAUCUGCCUGCUACUGUGGUGCCAUUAAUAAAGGCAGCCCACGGCUGUUCAUGACUCUCGCUAGACUCGUCUUCUGUUGGGUCCUGCUGAGAAAUGGCUGCAUUGACCCGGUGUAGUUAUUUCACACGCUUUGUUUCUCGGCGGGGUUUGGAUUCCUCUAGGCUCUGAUUCCUGGAUGGUAAAAGGGGGGAAGGGGUCAAGUGGGGGGGAUGCGACUGCUGUUUUGCCAUCUCUGUCUGCCAGUGGGGCAGAGAGAUGAAAUGUAGCAGGGGGAAGGUCUAUCCCAGCAGCCUUAGCAUGGAGGGGCGGGUGGCACUGCCAGAGAUGGAGGCUCUUCCUACAGACAACCUGUACCUGUCGCGGGGUCACUUCAGCAGAAAUCCCCAGCUAAUGGCAUGAUACAAGCAGCCGCCCGGGCCCGGACAGCGACUGAAGGAAUAAAUCAUCCACUGUUUGCUCUUCGGAGCAAGGACCCUCCUCUUCUCCUCCUCUCCCUUCUCUCCCCCUUCCUUCGUGGGCACCCUGCAGGUAGUUGCAUCUCUUGAAACUCGCAUUGCAAAGCAUGAGCAGGUAGACACAAAAGGUAAAUCCUGGGGUCAAGGCAGCUGGGUGGAAAGUGCAGCACUGUUUUGUCCUGGCUGGGAGCAGCAUUGCUGGCCUCUGCAAGGAAAGCUGCAGCCUUCAUCGCCGCCUAACGGGAGGGCUCUGUGCUGCUGCUGGUAUUGGAGGCAAAUUCCCUGCCUUCUCCGGCACACCCGGGUGGGUUGACAGCGCGCCCCUUCCCCGUCCAACACGGGGGAGCUCUGCAGACCAGCGGCAGCCUUUCAUAGUUUCAUAGCCCCUUUGUGAGGUGGGCUCCUUCACUGCAGAAGGACAAAGCAAGCUGGUCUGUUGGGGUUCGUUUGCCAGGAAACCUGCCCAGGAAUGAAUUACACCCUAAUCAUUUGAGGAUAACGCAGCCAUCCCCAUCUGAAUAUUUAUUCAGCCCCGUAGAACCGAGGCAUGCUAGGAAUCUGCAUUUCCAACGGCAGUAAUUACCUCCCCAGAAAAGGCCUGUCUUUCAUUCCUGCCUCUGACUCAUCUCCAGAGCUGCCUCCCAUGGAUUUAUUUAUUGCUCUUCCUGUCCGCAGAAACAAAAUCUACCCUUCACCGCCGCCUUGCAUGAGGCCCCGGCUCGUUUGACAGCCCUGGGGAGGGCGGUGACCCGCUUGUUUUAACUCGAGGGAAGCUGUGCCUUUGCUGUGUUACAACAACAGCCCUCUCCAGCUUCAAAGUGCUCUGCAAAGCUCCUUGGGUCUUGACCUUUCUCAGAAAGCCGCAGGCCGGCUCCUCCAGGGACGAGCAGCGUUUGGCAGGAGCGCUGUGACCUGCGUCUGCUUUGUGCUCUCGUGAGUUGUGUUUCCAAGGUGGGCAGCUCGCCUGCUUCUUCCCAACAAGCCAGGGGAGCAGGGCUGCAUCUGCCAUCCCAGUUCUCUGUUUGCUCCAUGCACCAGUCCCGUAAAGACAGGUUCGGGCAUCCGUGUGUGUUUUGUUGUCUCGGGCAAGGUAUUUUGCCGGCGUAUAGUCAUGAACAGCGGAGUUUGGUCUUUGGGAGGCUGCUUACCUCCUGACCUCACUGGGACCCCCGGCUCUGCAAAGGUAUGUUUGAAACCCCAGCCAGGUGGGUUUCUGUUCCCAGCUGCAGCACUUGGAUAGUGCACUAUUAUUACACACAGGAGCCAAACCUCAGGCACAGUUUGCAGAGGAGGGGGGAAAAAAAGCAGACGCGGAGAACUCACCUCUGUGCUGGAGGAAGGGCCAACUUGGCCCACGGUAUAAAAGCUGGCCUGGUUUGUCCCCUUACUAUAGGAGUGCCCUGGCUGUAGUGGGCAUGGCACAGAAUUGGCUAAACGGGCAUUAUACCUGCUGGGGAGCCCCCUGCUCCCCACCAGUGUGGUCAUUUUUAAUAUAAUAUGAUGCUUCAAUAUAUCUUCAGACCCUCCUGGUCGUACCGCUGCCAUGCAAAAAAAGCUGGAGGCAGAUGCCAGUCUCCACCAUGUUGGUUUGAAUCCAGAGGGACUGAUUUGAAAGGAUUUUUAUUCCAUAACUGGACCCUGGCUCCAAGGCCUUCAGGGAGCACCUCACCGGGGCUCGCCUUGCUUAUCUGUGCAGGGCAGGGCAGGGAUUCUGCUUUGUGUUUCUGGCCUUAAAGCACAUUCCCACUCUGCUGGGAGCCCUUGCGGUUGUUGGAGGGCCAGCUCCCCCACUGCUUUCUAGGAGAAAGGAAGUACAGCAGCAAGAAGACUCUGGCCUCUCACUUCCAGGGGCUUGAAUUUCACUCGCCGUCGUGGGGGUGCAGAGGGCAGAGAGCUCCAGCUGCAGCGUCUCGCUUUUUCUCAUACAGCAUCAGUUUAAAGAUGCUUAGAGCUCAGGAAGGGCAGCUUCCCCAGAUAAGACUGCAUGGGACAUAACCUCACACGCUGAGCGUGGUAUUGCCGUUUUGCUCUGGGACUAUCCGUGCACCGGGGGCAGGUGUUCCCCUAGGUCCCUGCCUGGUUGGAUGGGAGCAAGUCCUCUUCCUCGGUGAAUUCAGGGGGCCCCGUACUUAGGGGAGAGAGCUCUGCCUGCAGCAGAAGGGGAAACAGCAUAAACUUGGGGUUGGUUGUGGAAGCAAGAGCCCGGGCUUUUCCUAAGCCCUUCACUGGAAGACUUGCUGCAAGAGGCAGCUCAGAGGAGCUGGGGAGUAAAAGCUAACUGAGACUGGCACCACCAGCGCGCUGCCAGCGAGGGAAUCCCGUAGACAGCCCCGUGGGUUAUUCGCCCCAUUUGCACUGAACGCUUUCAAAAAUAUAUCAUCCUACCGUGAAUAAGGUAAUAGUGUAAUGAGCCGCAGCUGUACAUAGCACAGAUCCCAAUGCCGUCAGCUGGCUGCACGUGCACUCGCUCCGAGCCUGGGUUUUCCAAUCGGGGCUCUCUACGCCGGGCAAGAUGCAGCCAAGCCAAGCGAUACCACUGAGCAGGCCAGACGCCUUCCUCCCACUAGAGGACAGCAAUGUCCUUAUGCACGAGCCACUUCCGUGAGCCUCUGCCUCCGGGUUCAGCUAAGAGUCUGGAAGUGAAUGCCUGGGAGAUUUGCAAAACGCAAUUUUAUUUUUGUGGCACUGAAACCCCCUCCCCACCACUGUUUGUCUUCUCCAUCUCACCUGUCACCCCUGAGAGCCUUUCUAGGUCAGGGUUAGAGCAGAGAACAAGCUUUUCCAGCCUGCACUUCUGCUUAUUGCAGCCUCAAAGAGCCAUGCCUCUGGGCUUCUUAAAAGCCGAUUUGAGCGAAGUGAAAAUACUUGUGACUGCUGAUUCCAGCCUGCACUACGACUGCUGUGAGCCCCACGCUGUAACAGGGGUCUGUUAACACCUUGGGAUACUUAAUAAUAACAGCCUUGAAGGGGAGCUGCAAAGAGGAUGGAGCCAGACUGGUCUCAGUGGGGGCAGAUGACAGAACAAGGAGCAAUGGGCUCCAGUUGCAGCAAAGGAAGUUGAGAGAGUUUUCCUACUAUCCAAUCCCCCA